ACACUCCUGAGUCCUUCGGUCCUUCAGCCAUACAAAAUGGCGGCCUCGACCUUCCAUUCGUUCUGCGAGCUGCCAUUCGAGCUGCGAGAGCAAAUAUGGACUCUCGCUCUGCGCCCUGAUCGGCCGUCAGCUCACUGUUUUACCAUAUUCAACGCCCAAAAAGCGGAGGAGUUAUCCGCUUUGCAAAGCUAUGCUAUGCAUCACAAGGUCCCGGAAUAUUGCGACUUAGCGGCACCUCGCAGUAACAAGUCGGACAUUAAAACAAUUUCAUGGACCGUGUCCAAUCCUUCAAUCUAUUUGACCGAUAGCGGCAUGUGGACAGCGUGCAAGGAAUCUAGAGACAUCAUGGAGAAGCGAUUUGACACGCGCACUUGGAGGGCCAAUCGCCCAAAGGACCCUGCUGACUACCGCUGGGACUUUCAGGAUCCACGACAUGACACUCCAGCGACGGGAAUCUUUACGUCAAACGGCGAGACGCAAUGCUUUACGGUUAUUCCAAAAAGAGAUCUCUUCUGUCUCCAGCCAUAUAACUUCAGCACAGUUACAUGGUCUUCUAUUUCGGUCUCCGCACAGUUGUUUUCCUAUUGCCAUGGGUUCCAGCUCAAACACAUUGCUAUCGAGUUCGAC